CUGCGCUGUCUGCUAAAGUACCGGGCGGGAUUUCCGCAAUACAUUCAGUAUGGCGAAGACUUACGACUAUUUGUUUAAACUGCUGUUAAUCGGGGAUUCCGGUGUCGGGAAGACCUGUGUGCUGUUCAGAUUCUCGGAGGAUGCCUUUAACUCGACGUUUAUUUCGACAAUAGGUAUCGAUUUCAAGAUCAGGACAAUAGAACUAGAUGGCAAGAAGAUAAAGUUACAGAUAUGGGACACGGCAGGGCAGGAGCGAUUCCGAACGAUCACAACGGCGUAUUACAGAGGAGCAAUGGGUAUCAUGCUGGUUUAUGAUAUAACCAAUGAGAAAUCAUUUGACAACAUCAAAAACUGGAUCCGAAACAUAGAGGAGCAUGCAUCAGCUGAUGUAGAAAAAAUGAUUUUGGGGAACAAAUGUGACAUUAAUGAGAAGAGGCAGGUGUCUAAAGACAGAGGCGAGAAGCUGGCGUUAGAGUACGGCAUCAAGUUCAUGGAGACGAGUGCAAAGGCUAAUAUCAACGUUGAGAACGCAUUCUUAACGCUCGCCAGAGACAUAAAAUCAAAGAUGGACACGAAAUUGGAGGGCAACAAUCCUCAGGGCAGCAACCAAGGCGUGAAGAUCACCCCUGAACAGCAGAAAAAGAGCAGCUUCUUUCGCUGUGUGCUACUGUGAAGACCAAGGCCUUACUGUCCGCCACCAUCGGGCUGGACACGACUGGACUAUUCCUCCUCUUAGCACUCCUCUUUAUCCCAUCUCUCAUCUUCUUCCAGUUGAGUCCCUGGCUCCUCUUAUCUUCUUCCAUUGACAGAUUAGCGAUGCCUCUUAUGACCCUGGUGGGAAAGCAUUGGUUUCUACAAGUCAUCGUCGUGCAUCGCCGCAUCUCCAUCUUUGUUUCAAUCGCUCGUUUUGAGCGCACAACUGCCAAACUUGAUCCAUUCCUUCUGAGGUUCUGGGUCUGGCCGUAGAGCGUGAUCUAACAUUGAGCCAAUUUGAGAGUUUCGCGGGACGAUCUUUAUCAUUCCAUUUUAUUUUCGGCGCAUUCUUCGACAAUCACACGACCUUAUUGUUAGUAGUGGGAUAUUAUAACCUGACACCUAUUUUUUUUUUUUUUUUUUUCAGGCUGAUAUCUAACCUUUGACAAGCGUUCACACAAUUGGUGCAGUCAGGGUUUCACAGACAUGGCAUAUUAAACAAAUCCCACUGCUUCGUUAAAUCCAACCUCCUUUUUUUUUAACAUGCACAUGAAGCUAUUUCCAAAUAGUUCAGCCUUUUAUGCAGUAGCGCUAGCUUUCUUUUUAAAUAUUCCUUUGCGUAAAUCCAAAACCUCAGGUCUCGCUUCAUGACGACCUGGGAACGUCCCAACACUUGAAUUGAAAUCGAAUGAAACUGACUCGCUGCCCUUUGUAAGGAUGAGAAAUUCCUAAGUUUGUAGUAUUAAUAAUAAUAAUAAUAAUGUGU